AUGGAUCAUUGAAAGCAAUGUACGCAUGUGUUAACAUAUCUUUUUUUGCACGCCGUUUUUUUUGAACGUGCCUCUCGGUGCUCGAUAAAUAUCGCGUCUGCAACGUCGAGACCCGUUAAUCACGAACAUGCUGUCUCGCGAAGUCAAUCGUGCGAUAAUAAUCCGGCUAAUUUUUGCAUUAGCAUGCAUACUCGCGAGACCAGUGUUUCCCUACGUGCUGCCGGAUCCGACUUUUGAGGUGUUGAAGCCGCAAGGUCUUCGAGUUUCUAUACCCGAUGCACCGGGUUUAAGAAUAUUUGGAUUCCACGCCAAUAUCAAUAAAGCAAUUCGCGCUAAUGAACAUGGUGAGAUAGCGGGUGAUAUUUAUUUAGCGACGGAUGGCCGUUGGACUUUUGAGGAUUCGGAAGUGACUAUAAAAAAUGGAGAUGUACUUCAUUAUUGGAUUUAUGUGCAAGCGGAUAAAGAUAAUUAUAGAAAAAAUGAUCAAAGAUGGACAUAUUCUCCGAUAGAAAACCAAGCAGUUGACAGUCAGAACGAAAUACAAAAUUCUACAUCGGGAUAUGAAAUUCCGACCGCAGGCAAACUCUUGCUCGAAGACAAUUUCGAUUCUUUUAAUGAGUCAUUAUGGAAACGAGAGAUAAAGAUGCCAUUGGAACCGGACUACGAAUUUUGUGUAUAUCACAACGAGAAUCAUCAGCAACUUGUGCAACAUAGGUAUGGUCAAUUAUUUAUUAAACCAAUUAUACUGGAAGAUUCUUAUGGCGAGAAUGCGACUUUAUACGGAAGAUUGCAACUUAAUGGGUGUACCAGCACAAUUGAUUUUGAAUGUAGGCGGCAGGCUCUAUCCUUCAGUAUUUUACCACCCAUUAUAUCCGCACGUCUAACUACAAAAGAACGUUUCGUCCUACGAUAUGGAAAGAUUGAAAUACGUGCGAAGUUUCCUCAAGGCGAUUGGCUAUAUCCAGAAAUGUGGCUUGAGCCGCGUUAUUCUACGUACGGUGCAAAUUAUGCCAGCGGCCGCGUUCUUCUGGGUCUGACACGUGGCAACGAGAAUUUGGUGAAUGCUACGGACGUUUCGAAAAUCUAUGACACUAGGAGAUUGGAUUUUGGAGUGCGAGUAAGCACAUCAAAAAUCCGAGAAAUACUUGUCAGUAAAGUACACGAAUUCGGACCACGGUGGACGCAGAAUUUCCACGUAUAUACAACGAUUUGGACCAGCGAUGGUUUCACGUUUUUAGUCGACGAUGAGGAAGUUGGUCGAGUGAAUCCUGAUGAAGAAGGAUGGCUGACUGGUCCUCAUGCAAACAGAAAGGCCGCCCCCUUCGAUCAAGAGUUCUUUAUUACUCUCGGCGUUGGUGCGGGUGGAGUGCGUGUGUUUCCGGAUGGUACACUUAAUUCCGGAAUACCAAAACCAUGGACAAACGUACAAGCUAAGGCAAUGUUGAAUUUCUGGAACUCUCGAAAUCAAUGGUUACCAAGCUGGAGACAAGAUAAUGGGGAAAAGACUGCUUUUGUAAUAGAUUACGUUAAAGUGUGGGCUCUUUGAAGCAACAUCGAUAUUCAUGCAUAAUUCUUCAUUUUUCUACCAUUCCCACUAUCUUCUUUUUAAGAUUUGUAAAGGCACAAACCGGAUCUUUUUUCGCGUAUCAAUUAUAUCGUACACAUAGGCAUUCAAUAUUGCCAUGCACAUGAAGAAGUAAGCCAUCAGCAAAA